GUUCGAAUAUCUUUGUUCAGGGCGGAGCAAUGACGCCAACACACUUGGUUAAAGCUCUGCACAAAUAUGUCGUAGCGAACAAUUUGAAAAACUUGAAGACGGUGCAUAUCCACACUGAGGGUGAAUUUCCGUUCAACGACGAAAAUAUGAAAGGCAUCUUCCGCACCGUUUCGCUUUUUACAGGGGGAAACUGUCGAAAUGCGCUUAAGGAGGGUCGUGCGGACUAUGUGCCGAUUUUCCUUCACGAAAUUCCUGGUCUUUUCAGGAAACGCGUAAUCCCUCUGGACAUCGCAUUAAUUAAUAUCUCACCUCCUGACAAACACGGCUACUGCUCUAUUGGUGUCAGUGUUGAUGUUACUCGGGGCGCACUUGAAGCGGCUAAAGUUAUCGUUGGCAUCGAGAAUAACAUAAUUAUAGCUCAGGUUAAUCCCCAUGUCCCUGUUUGCAAGGGUGAUGCUGAAAUUCACGUUAAUAACAUUGACUACCUUAUCGAUGGACCCAUGCCACUACAUCAAAUGGGCGAGCGUAAAAGCAGCCCUGCUGAAAAGCAAAUUGCAAAGUUCAUUGCGAACGAACUCAUUACUGAUGGCUGCACUCUCCAAACAGGAAUUGGAUCAAUCCCCGAUGCCGUAUUGGCUCUCUUGACAAAACACAAGGAUCUCGGAGUUCACACCGAAUUAUUUUCCGACGGACUGGUUGACCUUUUCAAGACUGGAGCCGUGACUAAUGCUAAGAAGAAGCUUCUACCUGGGAAAAUUGUCACUAGCUUUGUGAUCGGGUCCAAGAAAUCUUUUGAUUUUUCCGACGGAAAUGCCUGUGUCGAAAUGAAGGAUGUCGCUUGGACUAAUAAUCCAAUCAACAUUGCUCAGAACCCCAAGCCUGCAGCCAUCAAUUCUUGUAUUGAACUGGACCUGACUGGACAGAUAGUUUCCGAUUCUAUCGGCACUCGAAUAUACUCA